AUGUCCAAAGUCAAUGAACUCUUCAAGGUAUUUGUCUACGGGACAUUGAAACGUGGAGAACCAAAUCAUGACUGGUUGACAAAGGCCGAAAAUGGAUAUGCUCGUUUUAUAGCCAACGGACAGACAGAUGAGAAAUUUCCACUUGUUGUGGGUACACGUUAUAAUAUACCAUUUCUAUUAGACAAACCUGGUGUGGGUCAUAAUAUUCAAGGUGAAAUCUAUGAAGUUGAUAAGUCAAUGUUUGGCAACUUAGAUAUACUGGAAGAUUAUCCCAACUAUUAUGAUCGUGAAAUACAAAAUAUAACAACAACGUCCGAUGGCGAUGAUAAGAAGGAGUCUGUCCCCUGUUGGAUUUAUUUGAUACGUAAAUUCCCCGCCAAGCUAUUGGAAAAGGAACAUUUAACCGCGUACCAUAAUACACCGGCUAAACCAUAUAGAGAAAGUUAUUUGGACAGCGACAAAGACGAUAUGUAUGAGGACGAAGAAGCUCCAAAGCUGUAA